AUGAAUUCCGUCGGGAACUGGUCACUCCAGAUGCCGGGGUUCAAUUUGCCCCUGAAUCAUGCUCCCCAGGCGAAUGUGUUAGAUGGGUAUGUAUUCGGGUUUCGGAAUGCCCUGGACCCAGAACAUCUUGAACGUGGGAGUCUGAACGAACUCCUUACCCAGCGGGAAAUUACUAUGAUGCAAAUCAUGAAUGUUAUUACUGAUAAACCGGAGUGGGAGCGUAAGGUCUUUGAUGAGCAUAUCAUUGCCAAAUGGCGUGAGGAAGUUGCUCAGAGUGGACAUGAUGCGACGCCCAAGAUGAUGGAUUGGAUUGUUAAAGAGUUGCAAUGGAAAGCGGGCAUUCUGGAGCAGACCGGGUUUGUGGAAGUCUUUGAUGCUGGAGUCGUCAAGUCUGAUACCGUCGUCUCGAAGGAGCUACAGGAUGAGCUGAAAGAAGCAGUGGUUCCUUUUGAAAAUGUCCCCGAGGAAGAGAAAGAUUACCAUCCCGGCUCGGAUAACAAGGUGGUUAAUCUGGUGCAUCCGUCGCUUUUCCCCGUCAUUUACGGACGCACACAUGUUCUUCCUGAUCGGACGAUCGGUCUUGAUGACUGUAUUGACAGCAUGGGAGAAGGUCAUUGGGUUCCGAGCCCGAAGGAAGCUGAAGCUUCUCCGGAGAGGGGUCCUUAUUCUUAUCGCACGCAGCCGCAUCCAGCUGUUUUGAGCACCAAGUUCCAGUGGUUACCUUGCGAUGUGAAGAUCACCGAAGAUGGCGGAUGUCAGAUUCUGUCUUAUAUGAACAAUGCGCACCCGGACAAGCACCGUGCGUUGUACGAGGUCGUUGAGAAGAUUCUCGCACUCACAAUUCCCCUGUGGGAACAAUCUUUGAGCGAGAAGACGUACUUCAACGAACGCAUCAAGUACACGGAAGUUGAGUACGAGGAUGAUGGCCAGACUGAGCCGGAGUAUCCUGAGGGAGACGAUGCUGAUUAUGAUGAGUUUGAGGAGCGGUUGAGCGCUUGGUAUGCCUCUCGGAAGAUCAUCAAGCCGGAACCGGGAGAAUUCAAGACCAGGGAGCUUGAAAAAAGGCCGACUUCAUAA